GGCUCCCGAGCGAGGCGCGGAGACAAAAGCCAGCCAGCGGCUGCUAGGGAAGCGGAGCCGUGCAGCAGCCGCCGCCGCCGCGAUACGAGCGCAGUCCUUGCACGGAGCCAUCCUGAAGGGGCUGUCGCUUGCCGGCGCCUCCCCGGGACUCUACUCUUCUUUCGGCCGCGGGGCAUGCCAUCUCGCCUCCUUCGCCAAUGUUUCACUGGAGCAAGUGGAAGAAAAGGAUGGGCGCCAGCAUGUCGUCUUCGUCUUCCAAGAGACCCGUCUUCGACGAGAAAGAGGAUGUGAACUUUGAUCACUUCCAGAUUCUUCGAGCAAUUGGGAAGGGAAGCUUUGGCAAGGUAUGCAUUGUGCAGAAGAAGGAUACAGAAAAGAUGUAUGCUAUGAAGUACAUGAACAAACAACAGUGCAUUGAAAGAGACGAAGUUCGGAAUGUAUUCCGAGAACUGGAGAUCUUGCAGGAAAUUGAACAUGUCUUCUUGGUGAAUCUCUGGUACUCUUUUCAGGAUGAAGAAGAUAUGUUUAUGGUAGUGGAUUUACUCCUGGGUGGUGACCUUCGUUAUCAUCUCCAGCAAAAUGUGCAAUUUACUGAGGAAACAGUGAAACUCUACAUCUGUGAGAUGGCUUCCGCCUUAGAUUAUUUACGCAGUCAGCAUAUUAUACACAGAGAUGUGAAACCAGACAACAUUCUCCUUGAUGAGCAAGGCCAUGCACACCUAACAGAUUUUAAUAUCGCAACAAUCAUCCGAGAUGGUGAAAGAGCAACCGCUUUGGCCGGAACAAAGCCUUACAUGGCUCCAGAAGUCUUUCAUUCUUUUCUGAACGGUGGAACUGGUUAUUCAUUUGAAGUUGACUGGUGGUCAUUGGGAGUAAUGGCAUAUGAACUCCUUCGUGGAUGGAGGCCUUACGACAUCCACUCCAAUAGUCCAGUAGAAUCUUUAGUUCAGUUGUUCAGCACUGUGAGUGUCCAGUACACAACAGCAUGGUCAAAAGAUAUGGUGGCUUUACUAAGGAAGCUUUUGACAGUGAACCCUGAACAUCGCUUCUCAAGCUUAGCUGACAUCCAGACUUCAUCUUACUUAUCCAGCGUGGACUGGGAUGAAAUCUGUGAGAAGAAAGUGGAGCCUGGCUUUGUUCCCAAUAAAGGUCGUCUGCAUUGCGACCCCACCUUUGAAUUGGAGGAGAUGAUCUUGGAGUCGAGGCCAUUACACAAGAAGAAGAAGAGGCUGGCAAAGAAUAAAUCCCGGGAUAAUAGCAAGGACAGCUCACAGUCGGAAAAUGAUUACCUCCAAGACUGCCUUGAAGCAAUUCAGCAAGACUUUGUCAUUUUUAACAGAGAGAAGCUGAAGAGGAGCCAGGAUCAAGUAAAUGAAUCCAUUUCACCCCCUGAAACUACUGAUGAAGCUGAAACAGAAACAGAAUCUGAAAAUUCCAACCUGAAUAUGUGUAGCUCAGUAUGUUCUUCCAGUGGCAGCAGCUAGGGCUACAAAGACAAGGCAAACGGUCCAGGAGCUUGCGUGUCUCUUGAAUAAAUCAUUCUCAGGUUGCACUGACAAACAGACCGACAGUACACUGAGUACUUUAGUUAAGAAACCAGAAGAGGAGUCACAAAAAUCCACACUGUAGAGCCGUAGCAGAGGCAGCUAGUUCUUACAGAACUGUGUUCAUGGAUCAAAAUGAUUGCCAGUCACCUGCUAUGAGAAAAGAUACUUCGCUAUGCAACACUUUGCGAACACGGGGCCAUUUCCUUUGUUCCCUUUUCUUUUUACAGGGGCAGGUAACUUUCCAACAUGUAUUUUCAGGUGUUGAGGACAAAAAGACAAGAGUCUAGCAUAGAUCCAAGGUAUUACAGAACGAAACUGCGCAAAGUGGGAUGGGAGGACAAGGGGAGAUGGGAAAUGUGCUUGUAAACUGGUUGUUGCUGAACUGCCCAUGUGCUCCAGCUGACAAAUGUAAGGUAGCCUCUCAGCAUUUUCAGAGCCUCUGAGGAUCUUGUGGAGUAAAGUAGUUGCAAGUAAUGCCUAGGGACUGAGCUCAGCAGGUAACAUGUAUAGUGACAUCUUGACUCUACUUGACCUCCACUGAGCCUAGGGUGUCAGGAUACUCACAGCUAGGGCUACCAAAUGCACCAGGCUGUGUAGCUGGAACUUUCAGAGGGUGCAGUGUAAAGUAGGGCAUUGUUCUCAACAUACUGGAUCUUUUCACAUAGCUCUCCUAACUUCACAAAGCUCUCCUUACUUGCAAGAAGCAUGUAGGCUACAGGCAGGUAAUUCAAGGUUAGUGUUGAUUUUUUUUGCCCUGUGAAGGAGCAGGGCACCACUUGGGCAAGAUGCAGAGGUGAGAGCUAUCAAACAAUGCAGAGAAAGUGAUGCCCAUUGUGUCCUUCUGUUGCCAUGGUUCAAAGUGUAAUUUAAAGUACUGUAUAUAUAAAGUACAGGCUGUCUUCAUCUGUAGAGGACAGGAGAACUCUGAUGUUUGCUCCAGCUGUGGCUAUUGCCUUUUUAUAUGUUUCCAAAGCCUUUGUCCCCAUCCCCACAUCAUGAUAGGCUUAUUGGCGUCGUCUACUGUAUAGUGGCUUAAAGUGACUGUUGGAACACCUGGAGCCCUCAGUUCCAGGAGGUUGAAUCUUUGUGCUAUACAGAACCCUUGUACCUGUUUUCACUCUACCUGUUUGUUAGUCCAUGUCUAAGAGAUUGCCCCUUUUGCAUCCUUGAAGGAAAGAGAACUUCGCAUGCUUUCAAGUCGGAAGAAUUGUUUUCUACUGUCUUAACGAGGUGCUUGCCAGAGGUCAACAUGCCAGGGAUUGAACGGCAGCCCUCUGGUGGCAGGAAUCUGUACAGCCUUAGUUACAAAGCUGCUACCAUCUCUGAAGCCGUUCUUUAUCUUAUAUGCUGCCAGAGACCAGCGAUAGCCUGGUACUCACCCCAUCUUUCCAAAGGUGCAACAUAUGAUAAUACAUUUGUGAUGAUUUGUUAGUGAUCUGAAUUUCCAUAAACACAGUGCCCCAUAACAGUACAAUCCCCAGCAAAAUUCCAGCCUCCGCUUCAGCUGACUCUGCUUAGGAUUGCGCAACAAAUGACAUAACCGGUAUGCAGGAAAUUUUAUACUGGGUGACUGCCAAAAACACGCUUCCCUUUCCACAGUUUUAUGUGGAAGCCAGUAAGCAAAACAAAUGUGCACAAAUCCAAAUGUCAUAAAGUCCUCCACCAGACAAACAAGUCAUGUUCCUUUCUGGCAUGAUGUGUACCCAGAAGCCAAAGUUUUCUUCUCAUGUGUUUUGGAUGUAUGGCAUGUGCUGUUUGCAUUUGAAAAUGUAGAAACUGCUGUAGAUCUUGGUAAUGUUGCAAGUGUCCUUAUCUCAUGGCGGUCUGUUGAAGAGCUGCUCCCUUGGCUCUUGGACUUGUACCAGGAGGAAGAUGUUUAGGCUGCCUCCUUGCACGUGCUUGCCCAGCACAGUGCCACAAAACCUGACGUUAUGCAGUCAACAGAGGUACAGCUGAACAUGUUACCAGAAAUGUUCAUAAGCAAAGAACCAGCAUCUUACUCAUAGAACACAGUGUGCAGCUGCAUUAGCCCAGCAUUGAAUAUGUCCCAAACUAUACAGGUGAAGUGUAGAUUGCUAACUAUCUGUUUGAUUGCACUGAAACACCUCAAUGAGAAUGAUACAUUUACCAGUCAGAGAUGAAAAGUGCCCUUGGGGAAGAUAGCAUGGUGAUAAAUAUUGCGAGUUCAUUAAAAGCCAGUAGGACUUAAAUAAGCUGAUCUAGAUUCUUAUUGGCAAAUAGGGAUGCACACUGGAAAAAAUUAUCAUUUUAAUUCCGAAUCACAGUUUACGAAUGGAAAGAUGUAUUGGUUUUAACAAUUCUCAGAGGUGGUUGGAGCGUUCUCAAAUGAGAUCAGGGCCCUGCAGAACCAGUCACUGAUCCGCAGGGUCUAUAAAACAGCUAUUCCGCCAAACCUAUGGUUGAGGGCAGCUACAGUAAUUCCAACAGAGCUGGCUUCCCUGCCCCUUGUACUCUGUUCCUUGUUUAUUUUGUUGUUCUGCUCUUUUUCCCUCCCAUUUUUGAUUAGUUAGCCUGAUUCUAUCCCCAUGAGUUAUCAUGCCUAGAAUUUUAACCGUUGCAUUUACUAUGAUUUGUUAGUGUAAGCCGCUCUGAGCCCAUAAGAGGAAGAGCAGCCCAUAAAUAUGAAAUAAAUAAAAAUUUAAAAGCUGUGAUUUAUUCCAUGGAGAUACUGAUUGCCUUGCAUAUAUAACCUACCCCAGAGAAGACCAGCUAAGUCAAAUGGUUUUUAGCAGUAUCUGACUGUAUACCAGUAUACAAUGGCUAAUGAAUUUACAGAAAGUUGAUCAAGUGGGGCACUUGAUUCACAGUCACAGUGUUUGAAUGAGAUAAGACAUACAACCAUUUGUGAAGAACUUUAAUGUCAAUUUCAGUGUGCAAAUUAAACAUGUGCUCUGAUUUCACUACCAGAAACCAAUGGGGUUGAAAAGUGCUCUUGGCCUUACUGUCCCCAAAUACACCCCAUCCUUCUCUCCAGUUAUCAGAAUACUUAGCCCCCUGGUUCAUAGUAACCAGUUUUGUCAUAGGAACACUUUGUAAAUGGUACUGGGGGGGGGGGGCAUUCUCCUGGCUUUUCGAUCUGAAAAAAAACCCCACAACAUACCCUUCCAAGGCCAGCAGUGUCUGUCUCAUACCUUUCAUUUUUGCUCCUUUUUUCUAAGCAACUGUAGACAGAACAAGUCAUGUAGACAUAGCAAGUCGUGGUUUAUAUAUGUUUCGUGUGGCUUUAGUUUGCCUUCUUACCAGGAGAAGAGGAGGAGGGAACAUCUAUUAGGUCAUCCAGUGGACUCUGAACAAUAGGUAGAUUCUGACAACCACAGACCUUAUGCCUCCUGCCUAGAGAAUAGUUUUGUGUGUUGGUAAGUACAUAGCUAGGUAGUCUUCUCCAGUCCUCGAUCAUGUUAAGUUCAGUGCUAACACCAAUGCCUGGGAAAAGCUGAUGGAUCGUCUUAGUCGCACCAGGAUUACAAGGGCACGGUCGAUCCAUCUGCCUAUGGACAAUUGACUGUGCCCUUAUAAUUCCAGUGGAACUGAGAUGACUGCUCAUAUUUUAUUUCAUUGUGAAUUCUGUUGGGAUUAAGAGCACCUUAAUUUUGCUGCUGUUGUCUAGGCUUCAUAGACUUGAUGAUGAUGCCUUAGUAAAAUGCUUGCUUGUGGAUAAAGAUACUACCAUCCAUCUCUUAUAUAGUGGCAAAGUUUUGCUAUAUUGCUAGCAGAAUGUGGAGCAACCUGAUGGGUGAUCGGUGAUAUACAAAUACUCUGUAUUAUUUGUUUACUUGUUGAUUUUGUUUAUAGGGUGUAUUUUUUUUUGGUAAUAUUGCUGGUCAGUGACUGUAAGCAAACUAAACUGAUGGGUUGAGAUGCUGGGCUGGUGCAUAGAGUUAGAAUCAGCAGCCAUCCUGAACCCCAUACAGCCAUGAGAGCCAGUUAAACUUUUAAAGUAUGUUGCAAGAGGUGGUUGCUGGGUGAAUCCUCCAUCUGAUAAACUUUAGUGAUAGCAGGACUAAGAUUUUCCUUUUCUUUGUUCAUUUGCCAGUUUCACUUUGCCCGGCAAAACCUUACACUUCAAGUGUAUGAACGCUACUGUACAGCUAGUGAUUCCCCCACCGCCCAUCCAUCUGCUUCACCAAAACUGCAUUCCUGGUUCACAAUAGCACAAACCUUUUAAAAUCAAAGAUUUAAUGCACAGUGUUUUAGACAAUGAAUUGUUUUUUUUAAAAAAAGUCUGUUCCUAUCUGCUUUUACUUACAACUAAAUCUGUGUGCUUUCCUUAUCGCUAUGAAGUAUAAUAUUAUUGGGGAUACCAUCACAGAGAUCUGUGGUGCCUAUAAAAACAUUUCAAAAUAAAUGAUUUUAAUGAGGACAGAGGUGAUCAACGUCAGCCGUCAGCUGACGAUAGCUGAUUUAUGUUGGUGGUUAGCAUUUAUAUAAUUUUUAUGAAUGGAUAUUCCAAUCAGCUUUUACAUCCGUGGCUAUUGUGUGCAUUCCUAAGGGAUGGAUUUAAGUCAGUAAAGUAAUGAAGUCCAUGUUGUAUUAAUCCUUUGUGUAAAUUUUGUAUACCAGCUAGUAAGUUCCUCUCAUUCUUAUGCAUGAACAAGUACUUUAGGGAUGUUGAGGGGGACCGAGAAGUGAAGAAAGAUCCGUUUUAUCAACCUAAUAGGCUUUGUUAUGCAACAAUAAUAGAAGCAGCAUUGUGUAUAUUGGUUAGAGUGUUAGACUAGGGUCUGAGUUCAAAUCUCCAUUCUACCAUGGAGCGUAGUGGAUGACUUUGGGCCAGUUAUUCUCCUUAUUGCAGAUUUAUUAUAUGGAUAAAAUUGACAAGGAAGGAAACCAUGUAGACCCACCCUGAGGAAGGAUAGAAUAAAACAUUCUAGGUAGAUCCUAGGACUCUUGAACACUCACUGGGAAAACCAGCAUGGUAGAACCUACAAAAAGUUAGACUUGGACCAGAGAGUCACAGGUCUGAAUCCCUGACCAAUUCAUCUUGGGCUGGUAACUGUCUCCCAGCCUGAGUUACCACACAGGGUUGUUAUAAUAAAGUGGAAUACUUCACCUAAAAUUCCUUCAGUGGUAGGAAACAGUUUGUAGAUAAGCUACUUACGUGAGAGAGAUGCACGGCAAACAGAGAGCAGCAAAGUAGUUGGAUUACUGGUUGGCUUGAGAAGUGGUUCUCCCAGCAUGUGAACAUUUCAGUACAGGAGAGAAAACCAAGACCCUCUAAAGCCUCAGAAAAGAAACAUUCUCACUAAAAACAGAUGUUGUUUCAGAAAAACUUGUGAGAAAGGAGACUUCUCAACAAAAGGAAGAAUGAUAAAGAGCGGCUGAGAUUUACCUUGGCUGCAGUUGCUGCCCGGGGGUGGGGCAGGGAGAGGGGCAGGCCCAGCUGCUGGCAUGAGCAAGUGAUGUGCCUGGAGGAGGCGGGGCCACGGCCUUAUAUGGGCAGGCCAGGCCAUCCCGCACCUCUUCUCACUCAAGCACCGAUGGCUUCUCCCGCCCUCCCUCAUGGGUCUGAGUUUUUUGUUGUUGGCAGUCUGGUUAUGGUGAUUGCUGUUGUUAUUUGCAUUUCAUCUGUCACAGCCUGGCAGGUUGCACAUGGGGAAUGAUCUAUUCAGGGGAGGAGGAGCCUGUGUGCCGGCCCUCCCCAUUUGGUGGGGGCCUCCAUAAGAGGCCUGGAGGGAUAGAGCGAGUGGCCCCUGGCAGCAAGGGGAGUUCAUCCAGAGGCCAGUGCCCAGAUUGUUCCCACUAUCUUUCUGCUUCAGGCAUUGGUGUUUUCCCCCACGCAUCAGGCUGGGAGAAAGUUAUUACUGGGGGACAGCAGACAUGUUGCCUAGUGCCGGAUCCGUCCCCUAUUCUGUGCCUCUGCUUCCUUUUGCCAGCACACCAAUAAAACAGCUCUGGCCAAAUUUUACUCACACAUUGAGGUUUUCUGGGUCUCCUUUUGUCUCCUCGGACUGCUUCCUCAUCCUCCUCAGAUGGCAAUGGAAAAGGAUGAGUUUUCCUAAAUGCAGCAGUGCGGGGUUGCAGAUCUCUUGAAAGGCCAUACGCCUGAUGGCAGUUUGGACUGAGCGAUGCAGCAGCCCCCUAGGGCCAUCCAUAUACACAAACAACCACUGGACUAAACCUCAUAGAUGUCUUCUUUUUUUAAGUUGGCAACACAAAUCUAGGACAGUGAUGAAUUCUUAGUGUCUUGCAGCUUACUGUUCUUUUGUUAGAUUCUUCAGUGCAACUUUGUUUUGUAAAAUAUCUUUGUAAACCAAAUCCAGACAUUUCUGUCAGUUUUAUUGCAUGAAGAUGAGGGGUUUAUUCUAUGAAGAAAUUUCAGUUAUAGCAAUAUGUUUGUUUGAUUUUUUGCAUAAAGCUGCAAAAAAACAAAAUCCCAUUGCAUUUGUGGAGUAAUAAAUGUGUACUUUUUUUAAAAAAA